AUGUGGUGGUUUGUAGUUUGGGGAACAGCACGAGCCGCAGGCCACCAAGCACUCAAGUCCGAGCUCGCAAAGCUUUGCAGAGAAGCGAUAAAAGAAGAUCUCAAAGAGGCAAGAGCAGAAGUGUUGGCUGAAGCUGCAAGGCAGGAAAAGAACUUUGACUACACCCGGAAAGUUGGACAUGUCAUUCCUGAGAUUUUUCUGCGCGAAGUACGACGUGCAAUCAUGGCGAGUGCCAGGGUUCCGAUCAGUGAAUACCAACACGAUGGUGUUGUUGUAAGAACGGGGAUCCAUGUGGCAACGGCAACUGUCACCCAUUCUACUUACUAUGCGCUAUCGCUAUAA